AUGGAGGGUAAUUAUCUUGCUUCCGAAGCAGAGUCCACAGCAACAGCCUUUUCGAAUUUGAAUUCGGAGUCGGAGGUUUCACGCGCGGUGGGGCGCGAUUCUUCGCAAGCUGUUCCGUUGACUCAAGCGGGUCCCUCUGUAGCGGAGCCGACGGCUGUAGCGGAGCCGGCUGUAGCGGGGCCAAACGAGUUGGUGGAGGACGGCGCGGUGAUCGUGCGAGACGACCUGGACGAACUGCUCCACUGCCUGCCGGGAAACCUUCGAGGAAACCUGCUGCAGCACCCUCGCAGAUCCGAGCUGCUCGAGGUGGUGUUGGAUCUCGGCCGUCGACCCGAGGCGCGCUUUCUGGGCGACGGCGGGGCUGAGUACCUGCAGGAGGCAGAGGUCACCCGCGGGGACCUCGAAUCCGCCUGCGAGUCCAUCGGGGCGUUUGGCGGCGACAAUCGCGCUGGCGUGGAGGGGACGCUCCACCGCAUCAGCGCCAUCCGCAACCGCAAGGGUGACGUGGUCGGGCUGACGUGUCGCGUGGGGCGCGCCGUCACCGGCCACGUGGACAUGGUCCGCGAUCUGCUGCACCACGGGCAGAGCCUUCUGUUUCUCGGAAGGCCCGGAGUCGGCAAGACAACAGUCAUUCGCGAGAUAGCGCGAGUGCUAGCAGACGAGAUGCAGAAAAGAGUUGUCAUAGUGGACACGAGCAACGAGAUCGGGGGCGACGGGGACGUGCCUCACCCCGCGAUUGGCGGCGCGCGGCGCAUGCAGGUGCCAGAUCCUGCUCUGCAGCACCGCGUGAUGGUGGAGGCCGUGGAAAACCACAUGCCGCAGGUGGUGAUAGUGGACGAGAUUGGCACGGAGGCAGAGGCCCUAGCAUGCAGAACGAUAGCGGAGAGGGGCGUGAUGCUGGUGGGCACGGCACACGGGCAGCUGCUGGAGAAUCUCAUUAAGAACCCCACGCUCUGCGACCUGGUGGGAGGGGUGCAGACAGUAACCUUGGGGGACGAGGAGGCGAGGUCACGGGGCACACAGAAGAGUGUGUUGGAGAGAACAGCUCCGCCCACCUUCCCGGUGUUGAUUGAGAUGCGCGAGCGGCACUUCUGGGUCGCCCAUCAGACUGACAGGAGCGUUGAUGCAUUGCUGCACGGCAAGCGCCCUCAAGUGGAGGUCCGCACAAGGGACGAGUCCUUUCACGUCACCAUCGACCGCCGGCUUUACGACCGCAACGGCACCUCCUCCUCGUCCCCCUCCUCUUCCUCUUCCUCCUCCGCUUCCUCUUCUGCCAAUCCUAGCAGCAGAUCAGGCAGUGUGGAGAGAAUUGGGGAUAGGAUGGGCGGGAGCAUGUUUGGGUCGGGGAGUGCGGGUCCGGGAGUGGUGCUGGGGGGGAGGGAGCGGGAGAGGGACCUGUACUGGAUGGCAGGGAGCGAUGAUGAGGGGUUUGACUGGAUGGAAGGCGGUACAGGCACACGGUAUGAGUUCAGCUAUGGGAGGAACGGCAGUGGAGGGAGCGGGAGUGGGAGUGGAAAGGGGGCGGCACGGGAGGUGGCAGUGGAGCAGACAUAUUCCUGGGCUGCUAAGCUUGGUGAGUGUGAGUGA